AUGUCGUCAGACUUCUACUCCAGAGAUGCUUUGUUGGAGCAGGGGACCAUCCCCCUGGAUAUUGACAAUGUUCACAUGCUGCUGCAGGUGGAACAAGAACAGAUUCAGAAGAGGACCUUCACCAACUGGGUCAAUGCCCAGCUGGCAAAGAGGAGGCCGCCGUGCAUGGUUGUAGAUCUGUUCAAUGAUUUCCGUGAUGGCUCCAAACUGCUGGACCUGCUGGAGGUGAUGAGUGGCUUGCACAUCAGUCGGGAGAGAGGCAGGGGAAUGUUUCAGCACAGGAGCAACAUCGAGAAGGCUCUCUCCUUUCUUAAGAAGAAAUCGAUAAAGCUAGUUAACAUACACAUUCCUGACAUUAGUGAUGGAAAACCAUCCAUCAUCCUGGGCCUUAUAUGGACUAUCAUUCUUCAGUAUCAUAUCGAAGAGCUGGCGAGCUCCCUCACCUUUGACUCCCGUCAGUCCUCUAUGGAGUCUUUGGCCAGUCUUGACACGCGCUCGACCUUCUCAAGCCACUCGGCUAGCAGCAGUCCAGUUCCUCCCAGAGGCUCACCACUACAUCGUCGUUUUAGAGUCUCUGCCAAGAAAGCACUGUUGCUGUGGGUCCGGGAGCAGUGCCACAAAGCUGGCUGCUCAGUAAACGUAAAAGACUUCAAGGCUAGCUGGAGGAGUGGAGUGGUUUUCCUGGCUAUCCUGUAUGCUCUGCGGCCUGACCUGGUGGACCUAUCCAAGGCCAGAACGAGAAGCAACAAACAGAACCUGGAGGAAGCCUUCCGUAUUGCAGAGAAAGAGCUGAGGAUCCCCCGACUGCUGGAGCCUGAUGAUGUGGACGUUCGGGACCCCGAUGAGAAGUCCAUCAUGACUUAUGUGGCUCAGUUCCUGCAGUACUCCAGGGACCUGCCAGAGCCAGAAGAAGAAAUGCAGACACAAUAUUUGACUCCUUCUAAAAGUCCUUCUCCUAUCAACCUGCCUAUCCACUACACCCCUGCUAUUUCUGCUUCACCUCUCCGCCAGGCGACACCUGACCGUAAGGCGCAGGAAAUGACAUGCUGGCUGGUUCAGGCCUAUGAUGAGCUGCUGGAGGGAUGGGACUCCACAGAAGGAGAAAGCUACUCAGAAAGAUAUAAUGUAUUUCAGACCUUUCUGGUGUCCUUUAAUGAGCAACGACGGCCCAUCAUGCCUUUGUUGACGGCCAUGAGACGAACCACAAAACUGAGCGACGAGCAACGGACUCUUAGAGAGGCGUGGGAUGCUCUCACAGAAAAGCUCCGUGAGUACAAAGUUGCUUUAGAUAUGAGUCUUCCAGCCCCCUUGGACACAGUAGCCCGCUGGCUUUUGAGAACAGAGGAGGCUUUGGCUGAGGAAGAUGGCAACCCUCAAGACCACGGCCGUGCUGCUGAUGAAGCGAGGGAGAAGCACGAACUGCUCAAAGCUUGCCUGGAGGAGAUGCCACAGCACGUGAAGACCUUCCAGUCCUUCCAGAACAUAGAUGAGUACGGAAACAUGAUGAUUCCUACUGACAAGAUGGAUGAGCUCAAGAGGAGAUUUACCAGCGUCAGAGUGACUGCCAAGUAUCAUGGGAUCAAGCUAGAGUACAGAGAGCAUCGCCACACUGUUUUGGAUCUGUUGGGGCAGAUCAGGACCAAGCUUCGUGUCUGGAAGAGACCUUAUAUCUCCUCAGAGGCAGUCAGGGUGUUGCUGCAAGAGUGGCAUGAACUCGUAAACACACAAGAGCUGCCUUCCAUGUUGGAAACGGCUAUUCGUAAGCUGAAGCAGAUUUCUGAAAAAUAUUCAAGCAAAUCUGCCCUUGCUUCAGAUUAUCAGCAUGUCAGUCAGCAGGUGAAGCAGCUGGAGGAGGACACUGCUGUUGUUUUAGAGGACGUGACCACAGUGAAAAGCACAAUGGGACGGGUUCUGUCUGCCUGGGACUCGUACAGCGACUCCCUUAGUUCCCUGCAGGCUUGGCUUGAACAGUGCUCUGCAACACACAGCCACAGACCUGAGCUGACCUCCGCAUCCAUGGCUGAGUGGGGAUCUCGUCAGGCCCACCUGAAUGAGGUGGGGAACUUCCUGAUUGAGUCAACGGAUCCUCAGACCAGCAGGAGCCUGGCAGAGGAGCUUCGAAAAGUCAACAUGCAGUGGGCUGAGUUUGUCAAGAAAAACACUUUGGAAAACACUGGUGAGCCAAGUGAAGUUACCCAUGUAAACCCAGAGGAAAUCAGAGCUUUGAUCAGAGAGGGCACACUGAUUCUCAAAGAGCCUCUGGAUGUUAUGGCGGGUCCUUUACGCACCUACAGGAAAAGAUUACAGUUUAUAAUGAGGAAGAUUAAAGACGUGGAUCUGGAUGCUUUGGCUUCUGUCCCAGAAUGCCCAGCAGAUCAGUUACAGAAACUGAGGCUUGCAGUACCAGAAGUUAUGCAGACAUUAUCUGAGGCAGAAAAGGUUUGUGUAGAGCUGCAACACAGUGUGUCUGGGCUGGACAGUCGAUUGGCUGAACUUCUACAUUGGGAGACUGAAGCCAGGGAGCUCUACCACCUGCUGAGGGCCACCGAUCGGCAACAAAAACAGGUCCAGACCUCACAAGCCAGGGUCACUAUUUCCCGUGGUCUACAGCUCGAAGGUCAGGUAGUCACAGAGGAGCAAGACCUGCAGGUGAUCGUAUCGACAAAUCAGAAGAGCUCUCCCAUCCAUUACCUCCAUGCCUCCGCUAUGCAGGAUCGAGUGCGAGCUGCUGUUGCUCAGUCACAGGAAGCAGUUGGUAUGCUAAGCAGCCUGGGUGCCAGACGAGACAGAAGCAGAAGUCCUCCAGCAGGACCUCCUUCAAAAGUCUUUAUUCAAGAUAAAGCAGUGCCUCAACAUUUGAAACAGUCAGACACCAAGCAUACAAAAACCUUUGUGCCAAAGAUAGUGGUACAAGAUUACAAAGAAGAAAAGAUGACUUCUCCUCCAAUGCCAUACACCUACGCAGAAGCUGUGAAGCAGACCAGAAGAAAGUCACCACCAGAAAGUCAGUUUCAAGCUUGGCCAAUGGCCACUGCACAAAAGACAACAGAGACUCCAGAUCAAGGACCACAGCAAGACCUACUCCAAGAGGGACUUAGAAGACAGGUGGAAAUUAAACUGGGACAGAAAGAACAGGAAGAAAUGAAGCAGGAGUAUCUUCUGCAAGAAGUUCAGCAGCAGGAGAUGUUCCCAGUGCAACCACAACCAAGUCAGCCCAAGCAGGAGCAAAAACAGGUACAACAGCAACAAGUUCAACAGCAUGUGGUAAUUAAUAUACAAGUUGAACAACAAGUUAAACAAAGACCAGAAUCCAAAGACCAGACUCCACUUCAGGAACCAGCUGUAAAGAAAAAGGUUCUAAGUUCCCAGGAGCUCCAAAGCAGAAAAGCUCAGGGCAUGAAGAACCGGCCAUGGCUUCAGAAACCAGCUUUUCCAGAACAGAUCACUCCAACUCAAGAGCAGGAUUUGACUCAAGAUCUAGUUCAAACUGGACAGACACAGUCAGUAGGAUCAGUUCAGUCCCAUGACUCUGUGAAGAAACAGUCAUCAACCAAGCCACAGACCCAACAACAGCUCCAGCCACAGGAUCAGGCUCUGGUUCAACCAGCUGGUCCUCAGCCAUCUAAGCAGCUACAGGUACUACCCCAUGACCAAUCUGUAGCUCAAAUCCCAAUAUGGGCUCAGAUCAGACAGCCUUCCACUAUUCAGGCUCCACUGCAAGGCCCAAUUCAGCUUCCUGUACCAUCUCACAUUCAGGUUCGUAGUCAUCCACAGUCAUGGGCUCCUGUCCGGCCCCCUUCCCCUAAGCCACCAACCCAGGCUCAGCCUCCGAUGCAUACUCAGUCAACAAACGUGGACCAAACCCAUGCAAAAUCAAUGAAUGAUCCUGAAAUUCACCCUCAGCCCAAGGUCCAACCUCAAACACACCCUCAGCCUAAGACCCAAGUUCAAAUCUAUGCUGAUCAGUCUGAGACCCAUCCCCAGUCAAUGCCCUACCCACAAGCCCAUGCUCAAUCAAUGACCCAUGUUCCAACCAAUGUUCAGCCAAUGGCCAGGCUAAGUCAGGCCCAACCAUUGACUCAACAUCCAACCCAAGCCCAACCUAUACUCCACCUUCAGGGUCAUUCUUUGACUGAUCCUAUGACUCAGUAUCCAACACAUGCACAGGCACUGGUCCAGCAACAAGGCCAUAUUUCACAGGGGCACUUUCAAGCUUAUACUCAAGUCAGAUCCUCAGUCCCCCAGUCUAUCCAGCAUCCACAAGCUACAGUGCAACCUCAGCUAUACUCCCAGGGUUAUGCCCAAGCUCAGUCCACAUCUCAGCAGUGGAUAGAUAAACAAGAAACACAAAAUCAAGCAUUUCCCCAGCAGAGUCACCCUAUCCCGCAACCAUACCCUCAGCAAAUGGGCCAAGCAACACAUUCUCAGGCUUAUCCUACAGUUCAGACUCUAUCACAGUGGACCCAGCAAACGCCCCAGAUUGCCCACCAUAGGGUUUCUCAUAUGGGGCCAUCAUAUACUCAACCGCAAAUGCACCCUCAAGCUCAACCCCAACCCUGGACUCAAACACAGCAGCAAAUUGGGCCCCAGAGUUCCAUGCAUCAACACACCCAGAUGAGAGCUUCUAACUUGGUUCAGCCACAACAAGGCCAAGUUCAGCAACAGACUUGGGUUCAACCACCACUGCAAGUGCCAUCUCAGUCUUAUCAGCAGCCUCAGUCUCAGCAGUAUGUACAGGUCCAGCAUCAACCCCAAGCUCAUCACCCUCCACCUCAGAUUCAAACACAGAUAUCUCUCCAGUCACAACCAUCACAUCAAGCCUAUCCUCAGCUUCCUUCACAGCACCAGCAACAAACUUUGCAGGCCCAGUCCCAAACACACGUCCAGGCACAGCCAUUAGUUCAAGAAAAGCCCUUUGCCAGGACUCAGGGGGCUCAAUCUAAUAUUCAAUUCCAGCAGUCAACUUCUCAGCCCAAGCAUCAGCCCCAACUUCAGCUACAACCAACGAUUCAGUCACAAACUCAAUUAAAAGGUAACUCACCUCUACAGCCCAGACCUCUACAGCCAAAACAGGAUGUUGAAAUGACACCUCAACUAAUAGUUCAGUCACCAAUUAAACACAUACCUGGAUCACAGCCACAGCCCAAACCCGAAUCUCAAUUGCCAACACAGCCAAAGGCUCAGUCACUAACUAAAGUUAAUGUUGAAUCACCCCCUCAACCCAAGGUGCAAGCCCAACCUCAAUUACAACCCACAGUUCAAUCACCAACUCAGCCCAAAGUUCAGUCACCAGUCCAACCCAAAGUCCAACCAGUGUUCCAACCCAAAUCUCAGGCACAGUUAUCCCCACAGCACCAUCCUCAGUUUCCGGUGUCAUUGCCUCCCACGGCCCAAACAGUGCCACAGUCCAAGACUCAAUCUCCCACACAGGCAAGACCUCAGACUCAACCACUUGACCCACCAAAGACUGAAACCCAGUCUCCUUUGCAACAGAAAUUUCAACACUCCCAGACUAUUCUCGUCUCUCAAGUCAAUGUGUUGCCUCAAACCCAAGCUGAGUCACCAGAUCUUAAUAUCAAACCUCCUGCUCUGGCUCAAGCACCUCCCCAGGCCUACACAGAGGCCUACACUAAGGCACAGGCUUUAGCUAGAAAUGGCUUUGAGGAGGCCAAACACUGCCUGCAGGCGCACAUCCUGGAAGCUAUCAACGUCUUCAAAGACAGGCGUGUAUCAGCUGAGCAAGCUUCAGUAAAGGAGAAAACUCUGAGGACACUGGAUCCAGAGUUGCUGGAGGAGUUCUUGCGAGCAGCUAAUGGUAUGGAGGCCUUUUGUACCCCCUCACAGCUCAGAGACAUGGAGUUCUUCACCCAAUCUGUCAGGACACAGUGGGAGGCUCUCAGAGCUGAGAUCUCAGGCUUUUUGCAACAAUUGCAGUUUGAAGUAACAAGGAAAGACUUUAAUGCAGCAGUCCUGCGGUGUGAGAUGCACUUAAGCACCAGCUUAGAAAACCAAGCUCAGGCUUGCUUCUCAGCAGACUUUGCUGAAGCAGAACAGCACCUGCAGGCAUUGAAAGAGUUGUGUGACACCCUAAGCCCGGAGGAUGCUCACCGCUUGGCUCAGACGCAGCUGAGGGAGUGUGAAAAGAGGCUGGCUGCCAUCCAGCAUCAGUUCAGUGGAGAUCAAGACACACCACUCCCUGAAUCUAGGAUUCCUGUUGCCUUCACUGAGGAUCCCAACACACAGAAGGAGCCUACCAAACCAAGUGACAAACCUCAGGCCUUAGCUGAGGUGACCCAGGUGACAGUGAAGACAGUUGCUGUGGAGAGAAGGGAGACUGAAAAGCAGAUGUCUGUGGAGGAAGACAGAUAUGAGAAUGCUAAGAGGGCUCUGCAAGCCCAACUAGCUAAAAAUGAACAGAGCAUCAAGGAUGUCCCCUCUGACUCAGUCUCUCUGAAAGGCCUGCAUACACGGCUACAGGAAAUACAGUUCUUGAGACAAGAGACUGAGUGUCUUUGGUCUGAGUAUGCAAACCAGUGCUCUCAGUAUUCCCAGCUGAGUGGAAACACUUCUCUGGAGCAGGAGAAAGAAGAGCUGCAGGAGCAGUGGCGCACCCAGCAGUCCAACCUUCAGAGGAGAGGCAGCUCGCUGGGCUCUGCACUCAGGCAGAUUGACUCCACUGAGAAUCACAUGGUGGACUUCACCGACCGCCUGGACCGUUACCUGAGACAGCCCAAAGACAUCACUGGCUUCACACUGGCCAACACUAACAUUCUGAAAGAUAUAAAGGAACUGGAUGACAACAUACAGAGUGAACUGGACCAGUUGUCCCGUCUGGACCCUGAAUCCAGCGACUUGGAUCCCAGAGAACGCUUCCCUCUGUCCCGUGAGUUUGAGGCUCACAAAACCAGCUUGGAUCAACUCCGGCAGCAAGUCCGGAAGAGUGAAGCAGCUGCCCGUGCCCUCGACCGAUUUCUUAUGUCGCUGCGCACUGUGGAUGAGGACAUCUCAAGUAUCCCAGGUCCACCCUGUAGUGAUGCUGUGGUGCUGCAGGAAUGCCGCUCCAAGUUGGCUCUGAUAAGUCAGAGCAUUGACAGUUUGAAAGAGAAGGCACCUCAGCUGGAUUUACUCCUGCAGGGAGCUCGGCUCACAGUCACAAGGGAUGGUAUCCCAGCCUCCUGCCUCGAUAUGGUGAAUGUCCUGGUGAGAAGGCUGGAUGAGGCUGACAGUGGGCUGGUCAGCCAGCAGAAGGUCCUUCAGAAGGAGACCCAAAGCAAAACGCUGGGCCUGAGGAAGAGGACGAUGCUGGGGGAGAUGAAGAAGCUGCAGGAUACGAUUGAAGCACAAGGCCUCAAAGAGCCCACCAUGCCUGCGUUGCAGCACAGGCUUCGUGCCCUCUUGGAUUUAGAAGGCCAGCUGCAGGCUCAGAACUGUGAGCUUCAGAGCCUCCGUGAAGUCCAAGAGAAGCAGGGAGGAGGAGAAAAUGUCCUUCAGGAGCUGGAAGCUCAGUGGAAGGAGACUCAGCUGGCUUUUUCUGACAGAAGGAAGCAGUACAGCACCCUGUUGGAGCUUCUGAAGAAGUUCCAGACCUGCCGGAGUCUCCUGAGCAGCACCAUCCAGAAAGCAGAGCAGGCAAUCAGCGAUAAGGCAUCCUACAUGGGGAAAGACAACCUGCAGAGGAGUAUGGCAAAGGUCUGUGAUAUUAAGGAGGAGCUGGCUGGUCUUGCGGGGCCGAUGGAAGAGAUGAGAAGUGUUUGCAAACAGCUGCAGACUGAACUGAAGAAGUUUCCAGACUGCAGUGAAUCUCCAUUUGAAGCAGAGGCUGACACGCUGAUGGACAGCUGGCUGGACGUGACAGAGAAGACAGAUGCCUACAUGGAUAACCUACGAGUGGGCCUGGAGCUGUGGGAGAAGCAGCUGAUGCUGGGAGGAGAGGUGGACAGCUGGGCCGGGGCCAAACUCGCCCUGUUUGCAGAGAGCCAUGCUUUCUACAAUGAGCAACAAGUACUCACCAUGAAGGAUGAAAUCCAGGCCAAUGAGGAGAACAUCACUCAUUUUCACAAGAAGUCUAUUGAGAUCCAGGAGAUGCUGCAAAGUCAGGAAGCUCCACUGGAGCUACAGGUAAUGGAAACCCAGCUGAGAAAGAGAAUGGAGCAGGUGAAGGAACUGUUUACUGACUGCACAGAUGUCUUUGAGGAGCUAAUCGCUGUGAAGAAGCAUCUAGCCGAGAAAGUAGAGGAUUGUCAGACAGCGGUAGAGAACAUCCAGAGUCGUAUCAACGAGAUUAAUGCUUCAGGUCCAAAUGUGGAAGCCCAGAUACAGGAUCUGUGCAACGACCUGGAGUCUCAGGAAGAGCAGGCUGAGGCCGUGUUGAAGGAGGUGGGAUUGGUUUCCAGUGUGGCCAGCCCUCAGGUGCUUGAGGCACUCUCUGUUGACUGCAGCAGGCUAACGGAGGCAAUCUCGCGCACCAAAGACAUGAUCCAGCUGAAGAGAGAGGAGAGGGACAAAGGCCUGCUCAAGGUUAUCGGAGAUGAGAAGCAGUCAUUCGAAGAAUGGUUCCAGGACUUGCAGCUAGCCGUCAAUGAGUGCUUUGAGAACCCUGAGAGUAGAACAGAUGUGGAGACGUUUUUGCAAAGACUGGCUAGUUUCUUAAAGUCCAAGGAUGCAGAGAGACGUCUUGACCAGCUGAAAGAUCAGCUGGAGAGAGGCAGGGAGCAGGUUCCACCUCAGCAGCUCUCUGAGUUUACUGGGUGGAUGCAGGAGCAGCAAGAGGAAGUGGUUACGUUCAGAACCCACUGCCAAAACCGGCAGAAACAAAUGGAGUCACUGCUCAGCGACUUGGACAGUCUGCAGAAGCAGCAUGACAGCCUUCGUCAGUGGCUUCAGAACAAAGAAAAACAGUCUGUGGUGCCUGAGAAAGUCAAACAACUUCUGAAAGACCUUCAGGAUGAGAGUGGAAGAGCCGAGACCCUCAGUGAGCUGCUGGCAUCAAUACGCAGACAAGGUGUCAGAUCUGAGAGCCUCCUGAAGGACGCUGAUAACUUGAUACAGCGCUACAGAAACCUGGAGGGCAGGAUGCUGAAUCAGGCUGAGGCCCAGAUUGUGUUGGAUGGAGAAUACAAUGUGUUUAAUACUCAGGCAGAGAGCACCAGGACUUGGAUCAGUGAACUAUCACAGCCUCUCACCACUCCAGACAGAGACACCAACAUGGAGGAGAUGAAGUCCAAAGCACAAGCCAUCCUUAGCUGCAAACCUGAGGGAGACUUUAAAGUGAGCAGCUUGAGACGACAAAGCGAAAGUCUGUGUGAGAAGGAAGGCCUGGACGAGUCCAGGAAACAAAGUGUCCAGCUGUUAGUUAGAGACACAGAGAAACAGUGGACGACAGCCCUGCAGGCUGCUCAGGAGGCUCUCAGAAAGGCAGAGACGCAAGCCAUUUUAGAAAAAGACGUUGAAGCUUUCCAAACCCACAAUGAAAGUGUCCAGUCCUGGAUCAGAGACCAGGACCAGAACCUCAAGUCUAUCAGUGGCCAUGUGCAAGUUGAAGAAAAGCUGCAGGCAGCACAAGCUUUCCUGAGCUCCAAGCCUAAUGGAGAGUCAAAGAUCCAAGAGCUUAAGCAACUGUGCCAGAGUCUGUGUGACAACCAGAGUUUGGAUGAGAGCAGGAAACAAAAGCUUCAUGAUGCAGUCAAACACACAGAACAGGAGUGGAGGAAAGCCUUGCAGGGUGCUGAAGAGGCUCUCAAACAGGCAGAGACUGAAGAGGCCACUAAAAGAGAUUUUGAUGCUUUCAAAACCCAAAGUGAAACAAUCCAAUCCUGGAUCAAAGAGCAGAAGCAGAAACUGCUGUCCCUCAGUAGUCAUAUGCACUUUGAAGAAAGGUCCGAGAUAGUACAGGCUGUCAUGACUUCCAAACCUGAAGGAGAGUCCCAGUUGCUCGACCUGAAGAGACGGGGUGAGAAUCUGAGCAAGCUCUUGGAAGACAGUAGGAAACUAGAGGUUCAGCAGCUAGUAACAGUCACAGAGCAGCAGUGGACAACAGUUCAACAGGCUGCCAAACAAGCAGAAGUCAGGAGUCUUUCUGAUGACUUUGACGUCCAGAGUAAAAACACAGAGAUGUGGAUCAAAGAGAAGCAACAGAAGCUACAGGCUGUGGGCAGUCACACAAGAGCUGAAGAGAGAUGCCACACAGCACAGGCCCUCUUGACCUUGAGGCCUGAAGGUGACUCUAAGGUGAACAACCUGAGGAGACAAGGACAGAGUCUGUGUGACCACAAAGAUGCUGAUGAGGGCAGGAAAGAGCAGGUCAAGCAGACAGUCAGAGACGUGGAGGAGCUGUGGAGGGCAGCUCUGCAGGAUGCUAAACAGCUUGAAGCUGCAGCAGAAGCUGAGAUUGCCCAGGAGACUGAGAGGAGAAGGUUGGAGUUGCAAGAAUUUAAUACCUGUCAGCGGGAAACUGAUGGCUGGCUAAAAGACCUCCAACAACAGCUGAACUCUUUUGGCAGUGAAACUAAAGUCGAGAACAGACUGCAUGUAGCACAGGCCAUUAUGAACUUCAAGCUUCAAAAUCUCAAGAUAAAAGCCCAGAGUUUCCUUGAUCAUGAGUAUGAUGAACAUAAAAAACAAGAGAUUCAACAAAAAGUAAGAGACACUGAGGAACAGUGGAUCAGACUCCAGAAAGAUGCUAAAGAAGUAAUGGUUCUGGCUGAAAGGCAACACGCUCUGGACAGCCAACUGCAAGACUUUGAAGCCACGAGAGAAAAGACCAGAGUGUGGUUGGAAGAGAAGCAGCAGAGCCUUGUCUUUCUGAGCAGUCAGAAAGACCCAGAACAGAUCAUAAGCACUGCACAGACCAUCCUGAGCUGUAAGCCUGAGGGAGACUCUAAACUGGAAGAACUAAAAAGACUAAGCCAGAGUCUGUCUGACCAAGAGGACUUGCCUAAGACGGUGAGGCAAAAGGCUCUGCAAGCAGUGAAAGACUCAGAGGAGCAGUGGAGGACAGUCCUGGAAACCGCUGAGAACACUCUGCAAAAAGCUGAGGUCCAGUACUCACUCUCCAAGGAGCUAGGGGCUUUCUGUGCUCAUGCGGGAAGCACUAAAGCUUGGAUUACAGGCCUGCAGAAACAAGCUGAUUCCAUGGGGAUGAGCACUCAGGGCAGCAAGGCUCAGCUACAGGACAGACUGAGUGCAGCACAGGUCAUCUUGAGGUCAAAGUCAAGUGGUGAGACACAACUGUUGGAGCUGAUGAGGCGAGCGCAGAGUCUCUGUGACCACAAAGACCUGGAGAAGGACAAGAAGCUGGAGGUUCAGCAGACAGUCAGAGAUACAGAGGAGCAGUGGGGGGCAGUGCUGCAGGCUGCUGAGGAGACACAAAGCAAGUUGCCGAGUGUUGUGGAACGCCUGGUAUCCUGUCAGUACCAGCGAGACCAGGCUGCGGCCCGUCUGGCUGAGCUUCAGAAGCAAACAUCCAACCUUCCACGUGUCUUCCCCUGGCCAGGCCUGGGAGAGCGGAGGCAAGCUGUGGAACAGGCCCGAGCCCUGGUUGAUCAGAUUACAGCCUUAGCCCCCGUCCUCUCAAACAUCCGCACGCAGGCUGCAGAGCUGGUUGAAGUCACACAGGACCAAAGCUGGUCAGACCCCACCUGGACAGCUAAGGAGGAGUCUAUCCCUGCUCUGCUGAAAGAGCUCACUGAUGCAGUAGCCAACCUGGAGCAGGGCAUUGUGACAGAGCGGCAGUGCACACAGCUAGUGGAGCAGCAUGAAGCAGCCCAGGACUGGCUGAGGGAGCAGGUUAAAAGCCUGGGACCUCCUCCUGCAGACAGACAGAGUCUGCACAGUGCUGUGAACACCCUUAAGGCUUUGCUCCAGACGGUGGACAGAGAGCAGAGAGAGAUGAAGGAGCUGGACUCUGCCAGAGACAGUUUGCUGUGCCUCUGCACUCCUGGGGGUCAGGAUGCCCUGACCCUAGAGGUUAGCCAUCUCCAUGACCUCUGUUCUGUCUCAGAGCAGGAGGUGAGGGAGUGUCUGAGGGUCUGUGAGAUGCAACUAAAAGAACUGGACAGUCAGUUGGCCAAAAGGACCCAGGGGCUGAAGGAGGGAAUUGCAGCCCUGCAGUGGGAGCUCCGCUCUCUCGACCAGGCACUCAGUUAUAGUGAACCACAAAACAAUAUCACUCAACUUGAACAGCACUGGCACAGCCUACAGAAUUGUGAGAAGUCACUAGAGGAUUCGGGUGUGAAAAUUCAUGACCUGCAACAGGAAGUAAACUUGGCAUCUUCUACCAAUGAGCUGCCAGCAGAAAUAAUCAGUGGGGUUGACUCGUUAUGGGAACAGCAUGCCAGCCUAAAAAAUAGGCUGAGUGAGCAUCAGGUUACCUGCUGCACAAACACAGCAACAUGUCUCAGGGACUGUCUUCAUGCUCUGCAAAAAUGGAACCACAGCAAACCAUCUGUGUCCCUUUCCUCUGUGCAGCAGAUGUUAGAGGAAGGUGAAAAGUUGCAAGCCAGCCUACAGGAGGCACUUUCUCACCGACAUUUUCUAAUGGCCUGUCUGACAUUGGACUUGCUUGAGAAACUAGAAAAAGAUGGCUCAGAAGCUCUCAGAGAAGCAGACACACUGAAAAUUUCUACUGAACAUACUAUGCUGGAACUGACAAAGAAAAAGGAAGAGACUGAUAGUCAGAGAUCUCCUGUAUCUCCAGACGUUGCCACAGCGACAGAAAUUACUGCUGUCCAUACAGAAAAGCGCUCACCAGCCAAAAGAAAAUCAAAGAGUCGUAAAGCUUCCUCCGAAUUGAUCAGUACAGACUUGCCUGAGACCUUGAAAGAACCUGAAUCUGUGGGUUCCACCAUGGAAGGUAAGAUUACCACUUUGGAAAAACCUGAAGCCCCCAUAACACAGAAAACUUCAAAGAGUCUUGUGGAGUCCAAGGACACAGAGAACCAAACCGAACGAGAAAACACAGCUUUAAAUUUACAGGUCAUUACUGGAAAAACUGAAACUGUUGCUGUAGAGUCAACGGCAUUUUCACCAAGUGAAAGACAACCAGAGAUUCCAAAGGUUUCUCUUCAGCUUGCAAUCAAGGACCAGAUUCCAACUCAAACAGAACAUGACAAUGAGAUUCUGUCAGUCUCAUCUACAGAGCAAGUAACAGAGCAAGUUACUGCUGUUGUUUUGGAAGACAUAUCUCCCAUACAAACUCUUGAGCUUGCAAUCAAGGACCAGAUUCCAACUCCAAAGGAACAUGACAGUGAAACGCUGUCAGUCUCAUCCACUGAGCGCUCACCACCCAAAAGAAAGUCAAAGAGUCGUAAAGCUUCCUCAGGACUUAUUAGUGCAGAUUUGGCUGAGACCUUGAAAGAACCCGAAUCUGUGGGUUCCACCAAGGAAGCUAAGGUUACCACUUUGGAAAAGCCUGAAUCCCCUCCAACCAGGAAAUCUUCCGAGAGUCUUGUGAGGUCCAAGGACACAGAGAAUGAAAUAGAGAUGGAAAACACAGCUUUAAAUGUACAGGCGAUUACUGGAAAAACUGAAACUGUUGCUGUAGAGUCAACGGCACUUUCACCAAGUGAAAGACAACCAGAGAUUCCAAAGGUUUCUCUUGAGCUUGCAAUCAAGGACCAGAUUCCAACUACAAAGGAGCAUGACAGUGAAACGCUGUCAGUCUCAUCCACAGAGCGCUCACCACCCAAAAGAAAGUCAAAGAGUCGUAAAGCUUCCUCGGAACUUAUUAGUACGGAUUUGCCUGAGACUUUGAAAGAAUCUGAAUCUGUGGGUUCCACCGUGGAAGCUAAGAUUACCACUUUGGAAAAACCUGAAGCCCUCCAAACAAGGAAAACUUCAAAGAGUCUUGCGGAGUCUGAGGACACAGAGAAAGAAAGUGGAAGGGAAAAGAUAGCCUUGCAUUUACAGGUGAUUACUAGAAAAACUGAAACUGUUGCUGUCGAGUCAACUGAACUUUCACCAAGUGAAAGAAAACCAGAGAUUCCAAAGGUUUCUCCUGGGCUUGCAAUCAAGGACCAGAUUCCAACUCAAACAGAACAUGACAAUGAGAUUCUGUCAGUCUCAUCUACAGAGCAAGUUACUGCUCUUGUUUUGGAAGACGUAUCUCCCAUACAAACUGGAGGAAAGUCAGAUGAUGUUGAAUUUUCCAUAGCUCCUGAGUCACUUCCAACAAUUGAAAGACAGCCUGAUGCAGAAAAUGAAUAUACUAAGAAAGAGCUCGAGAGUGUGAAAUCUACCACACCUUCAGAGGUAGUCACUGUGCAGACUGAAUAUGCUAUGGGGGAACUGACAAAGAAAGAGGAAGAGACUCAUAGUCAGAGAUCUCCUGUAUCUCCAGAGGUUGCCACAGCAACAACAAAAAUUACUGCUAUGAAUAAAGGAAAGCUUUCACCACCCAAGAGAAAGUCAAAGAAUCGUAAGGCUUCCUCCGAACUUAUUAGUACGGAUUUGCCUGAGACCUUGAAAGAACCUGAAUCUGUGGGUUCCACCAAGGAAGCUAAAAUUACCACUUUGGAAAGACCUGAAGUCCCCCCAACCAGGAAAUCUUCUGAGAGUCUUGUAGAGUCCAAGACAAUAGAGAAAGAAACAGAAAUGGAAAACACAGCUUUAAAUGUACAGGCGAUUACUGGAAAAACUGAAACUGUUGCUGUAGAGUCAACGGCACUUUCACCAAGUGAAAGACAACCAGAGAUUCCAAAGGUUUCUCUUGAGCUUGCAAUCAAGGACCAGAUUCCAACUACAAAGGAGCAUGACAGUGAAACGCUGUCAGUCUCAUCCACAGAGCGCUCACCACCCAAAAGAAAGUCAAAGAGUCGUAAAGCUUCCUCGGAACUUAUUAGUACGGAUUUGCCUGAGACUUUGAAAGAAUCUGAAUCUGUGGGUUCCACCGUGGAAGCUAAGAUUACCACUUUGGAAAAACCUGAAGCCCUCCAAACAAGGAAAACUUCAAAGAGUCUUGCGGAGUCUGAGGACACAGAGAAAGAAACUGGAAGGGAAAAGAUAGCCUUGCAUUUACAGGUGAUUACUAGAAAAACUGAAACUGUUGCUGUAGAGUCAACUGAACUUUUACCAAGUGAAAGAAAACCAGAGAUUCCAAAGGUUUCUCCUGGGCUUGCAAUCAAGGACCAGAUUCCAACUCAAACAGAACAUGACAAUGAGAUUCUGUCAGUCUCAUCUACAGAGCCAGUUACUGCUCUUGUUUUGGAAGACGUAUCUCCCAUACAAACUGGAGGAAAGUCAGAUGAUGUUGAAUUUUCCAUAGCUCCUGAGUCACUUCCAACAAUUAAAAGACAGCCUGAUGCAGAAAAUGAAUAUACUAAGAAAGAGCUCGAGAGUGUGAAAUCUACCACACCUUCAGAGGUAGUCACUGUGCAGACUGAAUAUGCUAUGGGGGAACUGACAAAGAAAGAGGAAGAGACUGAUAGUCAGAGAUCUCCUGUAUCUCCAGAGGUUGCCACAGCAACAACAAAAAUUACUGCUAUGAAUAAAGGAAAGCUUUCACCACCCAAGAGAAAGUCAAAGAGUCGUAAAGCUUCCUCCGAACUUAUUAGUACGGAUUUGCCUGAGACCUUGAAAGAACCUGAAUCUGCGGGUUCCACCAAGGAAGCUAAAAUUCCCACUUUGGAAAGACCUGAAGUCCCCCCAACCAGGAAAUCUUCUGAGAGUCUUGUAGAGUCCAAGAAAAUAGAGAAAGAACCAGAAAUGGAAAACACAGCUUUGAAUGUACAGGUGAUUACUGAAAAAACUGAAACUGUUGCUGUCGAGUCAACGGCAUUUUCACCAAGUGAAAGACAACCAGAGAUUCCAAAGGUUUCUCUUGAGCUUGCAAUCAAGGACCAGAUUCCAACUACAAAGGAGCAUGACAGUGAAACGCUGUCAGUCUCAUCCACAGAGCGCUCACCACCCAAAAGAAAGUCAAAGAGUCGUAAAGCUUCCUCGGAACUUAUUAGUACGGAUUUGCCUGAGACUUUGAAAGAAUCUGAAUCUGUGGGUUCCACCGUGGAAGCUAAGAUUACCACUCUGGAAAAACCUGAAGCCCUCCAAACAAGGAAAACUUCAAAGAGUCUUGCGGAGUCUGAGGACACAGAGAAAGAAACUGGAAGGGAAAAGAUAGCCUUGCAUUUACAGGUGAUUACUAGAAAAACUGAAACUGUUGCUGUAGAGUCAACUGAACUUUUACCAAGUGAAAGAAAACCAGAGAUUCCAAAGGUUUCUCCUGAGCUUGCAAUCAAGGACCAGAUUCCAACUCAAACAGAAUAUGACAAUGAGAUUCUGUCAGUCUCAUCUACAGAGCAAGUUACUGCUCUUGUUUUGGAAGACGUAUCUCCCAUACAAACUGGAGGAAAGUCAGAUGAUGUUGAAUUUUCCAUAGCUCCUGAGUCACUUCCAACCAUUAAAAGACAGCCUGAUGCAGAAAAUGAAUAUACUAAGAAAGAGCUCGAGAGUGUGAAAUCUACCACACCUUCAGAGGUAGUCACUGUGCAGACUGAAUAUGCUAUGGGGGAACUGACAAAGAAAGAGGAAGAGACUCAUAGUCAGAGAUCUCCUGUAUCUCCAGAGGUUGCCACAGCAACAACAAAAAUUACUGCUAUGAAUAAAGGAAAGCUUUCACCACCCAAGAGAAAGUCAAAGAGUCGUAAAGCUUCCUCCGAACUUAUUAGUACGGAUUUGCCUGAGACCUUGAAAGAACCUGAAUCUGCAGGUUCCACCAAGGAAGCUAAAAUUCCCACUUUGGAAAGACCUGAAGUCCCCCCAACCAGGAAAUCUUCUGAGAGUCUUGUAGAGUCCAAGAAAAUAGAGAAAGAAACAGAAAUGGAAAACACAGCUUUAAAUGUACAGGUGAUUACUGAAAAAACUGAAACUGUUGCUGUAGAGUCAACGGCACUUUCACCAAGUGAAAGACAACCAGAGAUUCCAAAGGUUUCUCUUGAGCUUGCAAUCAAGGACCAGAUUCCAACUACAAAGGAGCAUGACAGUGAAACGCUGUCAGUCUCAUCCACAGAGCGCUCACCACCCAAAAGAAAGUCAAAGAGUCGUAAAGCUUCCUCCGAACUUAUUAGUACGGAUUUGCCUGAGACCUUGAAAGAACCUGAAUCUCCUCAUGAGACAGAGACAGAUGUAACAGAAAUAGCCCCAUCUAAGCUAAAUGAGACUAUGAGUCAGCAGACAGUCUCAGAUACCUUACAAAUACAACCUGAAGUCAACAUCCAACAUGACGAUGGGCAAAAUAUUUUAGGCAACAAGGUUCAAAAGUCUCUUGAAGAUGAAGCAUUCAAAGCUGAAGAAAUGAGUAUAAAGACAAGAAUACACACAUCUGAAAAUAUAACUGUCUCAGUGCAAAAGGACCCCCAGAUGCACAUGGAGCACUUGACUGUACAGUGUGAGACCACACCACAAAGCAAAGUUGAGACAACCAGGGUAGAACUGCAAGUAAGCAGUGCUGAAGGGAAUGAUAUGAAAGCUGAUCAAGGCUCUAGUCAGCCUACUGCAACUGUUUUCACCUCAGAAAAACAUGUGCCCAUGAGCCCAGAUGACAAGUCUGUUACAGGGGAUAAAAUCCAAGUGGAGACUAAAGUGCUUAGUUUGGACUAUGAAAUACCAACCAGACAUAAAACUGCAGGUGUGGUUCACCCAGAGGAAGCUACAGUCAGAGUACAGAUGCAACAAAUCAGCAUUGAAAUGCAAGAUAAUGUGGAGAUGUAUGCCUCUUCUCGACCUGCACUUCUGCAGGCAGGUGAACAAGAGAGAGUAUCUGCAGAAAUAAGCUUAUCUGAGCAAGACACUAUAAAAUCAGACAUGGUGAUUGAGCUAGAGAUCUUGAAAACCACACAGGAUAGCAAAGAGGAGCUGAAGGACUACAACUUAAAAGAGGAGGUCUCUAGAAAAGAUGUACUUGAUUUACCCAAAAGCUUGGAUGAAAAGGAAAUAUUGGGGGACUCUCAAGUGCGAGUUUUACAGCUUGAUAUACCUACGAGUCAUGAAGAACAGGAAAAGACAUUUGUCAUGACAGCAGCAGAACCAAUAGCAGAUACAGCUCGAUCAAGUAUGCAGUGGGAACAAAAAGAGACUGCAGUUCAGGUUCACCCUGAGGAGGCUACACUCAUAGUCAAGGUACAACAAAUCAGCACAGAAACACCAAAGGAUGUGGCUCAGAGUGACUCUACUCAAACUGUUCUACUGCAGCCAGUUGUAACAGAGACAAUAUCUGCAGAAAUAAGCUUAUUUAAGGAAGACACUGUAAAACCACAAACGGCAAUUGAGUUAGAGAUCCUGGGAACCACACAGAAACCAGAGGAGCUGAAGGAUUACGACUUAAAAGAGGAGGUCUCCAAAACAGAUGUACCUGAUGUAUCCCACAGUUUGGAUGAAAAACUGGUUACAGGAGAGAAAAACCUUGUUGAGCCUCAAGUGCAAGUUUUACAAAUGGAUAUACCAACCAGUAAUGAAGAACAGAAACAGACGUUUGUCAUGACUGCAGCCGAACCAAAGAUAGAUACAGCUCAAUCAAGUUUGCAGUGUGAAGGAGUUCAUGUACCCUCUGAGGAGGCUAAAGUUAUAGUCAAAGUGCAACCAAUCACCAUGGACACACAAAAGUAUCUGGAUCAAAGUAAUUCCUCUCAAAAUGCACUCCUGCAAAGUGAAGCAGGGACAAUGUCUGCAGAAAUAAACGUAUCCAAACAAGAUACUGUAAAACCAGAAAAACUGACUGAGCAGGAGCUCCUGAAAACCACACAGGACAGACCUAUGACAACUAAGGAAACUGGGGUCCAAAAAGAGCGCUCUGAACUGUCAAUACAUAGAGGGAAUGAUAUACCCAUGAGCCUGGAUGAAAAAGCAGAAAAAGUCCAAGUGGAGCCUGAUGUUGUUUUACCAGCCAGCCAUGAGGAGCAUGAAAGAUCAUUUGUCUCGAAAGCAGAUGUGCCAAGAACAGAUAUAAGUAUCCAGUCUGAACAUUCUCAAGUAAACAAAGAUUUGACUUCAGCUGAUGUUCAACCUGAAGAAGAAAUUAGCUUUACAAUAAAGGUGCAGCAAAUGAAGACUAAAAUGCCAGUGGAUCUCGUGGCUCAGUGUGAAUCUACUCAAACUGCACUUUUUCAGCCAGGUGAAGCAAAGAAAACACAAUCUGCAGAAAUAAGCUUACCUGAACAAGACACUGUAGAACCACAAACAAUGAUUGCACUAGAGACCUUGAAAACUGCACAGGCUAGAUCAGUGGAGGUGAAGGAUUACAACAUGAAACAGGAUGUCCCCACAAAAGAUGUGCUUGAUUCACUCAAAAGCUUGGAUGAAAAAUCAGUUGCAAUAAAACAAAUUCAAGUAGAGCCUCAAGUGAAGGUUUUACAGCUGGAUAUACCAAUCAGUCAAAAAGAACAGGAAAAGAUAUUUGUGAAGACAUCAGCAGAACCAAAACCAGAUACAGCUCAAUUAAGUAUCCAGCGUGAAAGGGAGCUGGGAAAUAAAGAUGAUACUUCAGCUGAGGUUACACAGGAGACUGAAUUUAUAAUCAAAGUGCAACAAAUCACCACUGACAGACAAGGGGAUGUGACUCAGAGCCACUCCAGUCCACCGGCUGAAGUAGGGAUAGCUUCUGCAGAAAUAAACUUAUCAAUGCAAGACACUGUACAACUAGAACCAGUGAUUGAGCAAGAGCUCUUGAAAACCACAAAGCAUAGAUCUACUGUGACUAAGGAACUUGUGAUCCAAGGUGAGCAGCCCAAACCAUAUGAACUGGAUGACAUACCCAUGAGCCUGGAUGACAAGACGAUUACAAAAGAGAAAGUCCAGGGGGAGCCUGAGGUCCUUGUUUCACCAACCAGCCAGGAGGAGGAUAAAAGAACAUUUGUUGUGGUAACAGAUGUACCCAGAGCAGAUGUAGCUCAUUCAAGUAUCCAGUCUGAAAUCAUUGCAGUAAACAAAGAUUUGACUGCUGCUGAAGUUCAACCAGAGGAAGCUGCUAGACCAGAAGAUGUGGCGCAGAGCCCAAUCUCUGCAGAAAUUUGCUUAUCUGAAAAACAUGCUGUAAAACCAGAACUGGUGACUGAGCAAGAGCUCUUGAAGACCACAGACAGCAGAACAGACAUGUCUCAAAUAAAUAUCGAAUGUGAUUCAGAACUUGAAAAGAAAGAUGUGAGUCCAGCUGAUGCUCACCCUGGGGAGGCAACAGUUGGAGUGGAGGUGCAACAAAUCAGCACUGAAACACAAGAAGAUGUAGCUCUGGUGGACUCGACUCAACCUGCACUGCUGCCGCCAAGAAAAAUAGCAUCUGCAGAAAUUAGCUUACCUGAGGGAGAAGCUGUACAAUCAGAAACAGUAACUGAGCAAGAACUCGUGAAAACUACACAGUUCUCCACAAAUGUUGUGCUUGAUUCACCAAAAUGUGUGGACGAACUAUCAGUCGCAGCAGAGAAAAUCCAGGCAGAACCUCAAGUGUGUAUUUUACAACUCAAUAUGCCAACCAGUAACAAGGAGCAUGUAAGAACGUUAGUCAUGACAGCAGCAGAAUCAAGAACAGAUACGGGUCAAACGAUAUUUCACGGUGAAAUAGAAAAAGAACAGAAAGACAAAACAGCUGAGGUUCAUCCUGAGGAGGCAGCAGUUAGAAUGGAGGAGCAACAAAUCAUUACUGAAAGACAAGAGGAUGUUCAGUUUGACUCUGUUCAACCUGGACUGCUGGAAAACGAAGCAGUAAGUUCUACAAAAAUAAUUGUAUCUGAGCCACACAAUGUAAAAUCAGAAAUAGUGUCUAAGCAAGAAAUCUUGAAAACCACAGAAGAUAGACCUAUGGUGACUAAGGACCUUGUGGUCCAAGCAGAGCCCUCUGAAGCUUCAGUCACAGUGAAGGAGAAACAAAUUAGCGCUGAAAGACCAAAAAUUGCAGUUCAGAGUGACUUCACUCAAAUUGCACUGAGGCAAUCAAGUGAAGCAGAGACAACAUCUGCACAAAUAAGCUUACCUGAGCAAGACACUGUAAAACAAGAAACAGUGAUUGAGCUAGAGAUCUUGGAAAUCGCACAGGUCAGACCUACAGGGAUUAAGGAACUUGGGGUCAAAGAAGGCACCUCUAAAUUGUUAAUGCAUGGCAUGGAUGAUGUACCCACGAGCCUAAGUGACAAGUCUGUUACAGUAGAGGAAAUAGAGGAAACCCACAUGGAGCCUGAGGUGCUUGUUUUACAAGUAGAAGUACCAACCAGUCGUCAUGAGCAUGAACAGACAUCUUUCAUGAUCGAAAAAAGUGACUCCGCUCAGCCUGCUCUGCUGGAGCCAGAGGUCAGUGGAGAGCUUUUGAAAACCACAGAAGAUAGACCUAUGGUGACUAAGGACCUUGUGGUCCAAGCAGAGCCCUCUGAAGCUUCAGUCACAGUGAAGGAGAAACAAAUUAGCGCUGAAAGACCAAAAAUUGCAGCUCAGAGUGACUCCACUCAAACUACACUGAGGCAAUCAAGUGAAGCAGAGACAACAUCUGCACAAAUAAGCUUACCUGAGCAAGACAUUGUAAAACAAGAAACAGUGAUUGAGCUAGAGAUCUUGGAAAUCGCACAGGUCAGACCUACAGGGAUUAAGGAACUUGGUGUCAAAGAAGGCUCUUCUAAAUUGUUAAUGCAUGGAGUGGAUGAUGUGCCCACGAGCCUAAGUGACAAGUCUGUUACAGUAGACGAAACCCAGAUUGAGCCUGAGGUGCUUGUUUUACAAGUAGAAGUACCAACCAGUCGUCAUGAGCAUGAACAGACAUCUUUCAUGAUAGAAAAAAGUGACUCUGCUCAGCCUGCUCUGCUGGAGCCAGAGGUCAGUGGAGAGCUCUUGAAAACCACAGAAGACAGACCUAUUGUGACUAAGGAACCUGGCGUCCAAGACAAGCACCCUAAAGUAUUAACACAUGGAGUGGAAGACGUACCCACAAGCCUGGAUGUCAAAUAUGUUAAAAUGAAGAAAAUUCAGAUGGACCCUGAGGUGCUUGUAAUACCAGCAGUUCGAGAAGAGCAUGUGUCAAGAACAGAUACAUCGCGAUCAAGUAUCCAGUGUGAAAGUUCAGAAGAACACAGAGAUACGAGUGCAGCUGAGGUUCUUCCUGAAGAGGCUGGAGUUAAAACCACAGUAGUAGAAGUCCAACAAUUUAGGGCUGAAAUGAAGGAAGGUGUAGCUCAGACUGAUGCAGCUCAAUCUGUACUGAUACAUGCAGGUGAAACAGAGUCAACAUGUGUAGAAAUAAGUUUAUCUGAACGAGACACUGUAAAACCAGAAACUCUUAAUAAGUUGAAGUUCUUGAAUACCACAGAGGAGAGACCAAAGGAGGUCAAUCUGCGAGAGGAGUUUGUAACUAAAGAUGUACUUGAUGCACCCAAAGGCCAGCAUGAAGUGUCUGUUACAGUGGAAAAACUCAGCAUAGGGUCUAGCGUACCCACUCUACAGCCAAAUAUACCGGCCACCAUAACCACAUCUGUUGUGAUAGCAACAAGUACAAGGACUGACAGUGAUCAAACAACUACGAAGUCUGAAAAAAUAACACAAACCCAAGAGCUUAGGUCUCUUGAAGCAGAGAAAGAAAAGCCUGCAUCUGAGAUGAAUAAAGCAGAUGCUCCAAAAAGCUUUACCAAACUCCUGUCAGAACCAGUUGUGUAUCCUAAAGUCCAAACAGAUGCAACAAAUAGGAAAGAAGAAGAAGAGAAGCAGAAGAAGAAAAUUCAAGAAAAGGAAAAAGAAAGAAGCACCAGUGUAGAACCGCCAAUCAGCAUAAGCACAACAACCACCACCACUACCAUGGAGGCCACUGAAACAAGGCUUAAGAAACUGCCACAGGGUAAACCACUAGAGGAUGCUCCAGAGGUUCUGAUUUCAUCUACCAGUAACAUGGACAGUCAUCUAAGUAGGGUUAUAUCUAAACUCCUGAACUGCAAGAACCGCUCAGCUGAGCUGAGCCCAACAGCCAUGGCCUGGCAGGUGGAGGAGGCUCAGGAGUGCAGAGAGGUUGCCCUGGCCCAGGUGGCAUUGCUCUCUCAGUUGAGAGGGGCUGUUGCUGAGAAUAGGGACACUAUGGAGCAUCUGGAGGACCAGUGGAGCAGUGCUGCCCAGGAUGCAGCUAAUAUUAUUCAGAGUAAGGAGGCUCAGCUGCAGAUGGUGACUGAUUAUUGCCAGCACAUCCAAACAGCUAAGAAUGCGGUGGACAAAGCAACCGCAGAACUGGACGCUCUUCAAACAUCCCCUCAGGAGAGCAGCUCCAAGGAGGCAGAGCAACUAGGCUCCUUACAAAGAAGUAUGGAGGAGAACAGAACAGCACUUGGGGAGCUGCUUGUGACCCAUAGCAAAUUGUGCCCCCACCUUACCCGGUAUGAGCGAGCAACUGCAGAGACUGAGCAGAAGAACCUACAAGAGAGGUGGAGAGCUCUGGAAAGAACUGUGGAGAGUAUGCUUCAUCACACACAUGUCCGUUCUCACAAGACCAGCAACCUCCUGUCAGAGUUAUCAGAUUUGCAGGAACACUUGGAAAUGAUCAUUAAAGACCUUGAAGCCAAGUUUCCAUCAGUUACUCAGUGGAACUGCAAGAAGGCUCGACAGCUGAUGGAGGCAAACGCUGAGGUUAAAGCAGCCCAGCAGAAGUACCUCCAUUUACAACAGCUGUCAGAACUGUUGCUCUUUAGCCCACAGUGGGAGAUGGAAACAAAGGAGAUCCAUCAGGGACUCCAGAGAGUUAAGGACAAAAUUUCUCAUACAAAGGAACUUUUGGCUGCCCAAACCCUGAACAGCAACAGCCCUAUCAUGGAGAAAAUUGUCAUAGUGAUGAGGGAAGGCCUGGCCUGGGCCAGGCAGACAGAGAGUGAUAUUGAGGGCAGGAAAAAGAGAGUAGCUCUUCUCCCCGAGGAAGUUCACCGGCAGCUCAGGGAUCUGAAGAAGCUGCAAUCUGAGGUGAUGGCCAAACAAGGUCAGCUGGAGUCACUGGUGGAGGAAAUGACUGAGCUCCUUCCGCAGCUGGACCAGGUUGAAGAGGUGCCUAUGGUGCAGAGUCUCCUGAAAUGUCUUGAAGAACUCUCAAAGUCCACCAAUGAGAAGCUGUCCAAAGCUGUGAAAGAGGUGGAGUCAGGACUACAGACCAGAGAAAAGCUAUCUGAACAGAUUGCCGAUCUAGACUCCUGGGUUGUGGCUCAUCUGCAAAGAGAAGCGUCCCGGGGUCCAGACAGUGAGCUCAGGAGCCCUGCUGAACUUGAUCGCAGAACCCGCCAGAUCCAAGAAACCCUGGAUGAGGCUGAGAAGCAGGAAGCAGUCUGUGAGGCUCUUUUUAUUAAGAGCAAAGAUAUCACUUCUGAAUUCAGUGUCACAGAGAACUGUCAGCUUUUUGACAAGCUUACCAACCUCCAGGAGAAUAUCAGAACCAUUAGCAGCCAAGAGAAAAAUAACAAGAAGGAGCUGAAUGAACUCACCCAGACUUUAGAUUCAAGCAAGAAAAAACUCGUCACUGUUGAAAACAGUCUAAGGCAGAUGUUGGUGGAUCUAAGCAGACACAGGUUCCCCAUUACAAGAGAGUCCCUGCAAGCUUUAGAGCCUUUCAAGCACAUGAUUUUGGAACACAAGUCGCAAGUUGACCUCCUGCAACCCUGGAUUCCCAAUGAGAAGACAAAAGAACUGAACUCUGUCAUCUCUGAGCUGCACAGCAAAAUGUAUGCCCUAGAAAUGAAAGCCAGGGACCAAGAGAGGUACCUAAACAUGAGGCAAUGCGUCGAGGAUCUCAGGGAAAGCAUUCAGGAACAGGUGCACCAGACAAAAGAAGAUGGCAAUGACACAGACGAGAAGUACAGAAUCUGUCAGAAUCUUCUUAUCCAGUUUCACCUGAUGAAGGGAUUGUGUGAAGAGGCUCGCUCAAAACUACACACAAUCUCUGCUGACCUCUACCCUUCACAGCUGACUGCAGAGCAACAAAGGCUUAAACAAAAUGAGGAGAGUCUUAACACCUUGGAGAUGACACUCCAUAACAACCUCAGCAUCAUUGAGUGGAACCUGCUGAUGGACCUGGACCUGGAAUCAGAGAGGAAAGCCACUAAGGCCUUCCUCUUAAAGACCCAGAAAGAGUUUGAGAAACUUCCCACGUUGGAGCCAAAUGACACAGCAAUUAACAGAGAAUAUGAGAGAGUGGUGUCUCUGACAAAGACUGUGGAGUCAAGAAUGAGAGCACUGGGGGUGCUGGAGCAAAAGAAGGGAAAGAAAAAAAGAAGUGGAUCUCAAGACUUGAUGGACUUGAAGAAUGCAGUCCUCGGUCAAUGUGAAUCCUACAUGGAGAACAUCACUCAGGCCAGGGAGUCACUGAGAAGCUACACCUGUUCUGUUAAACAGGCUGUACAGUUCCUGAGGGAUAUUGAGGUGUCUAUGCUGCCACCUCAGGGCUCUGCUGGGGUCUGCGGUGACAGAGUCGAGGAGACCCAGCAGGCUUUGGCCUCACUCCAGCAGCAAUUUCAAACUCAUGUGGAACAGCUCCAAGACCAGACUGCUCUGCAUCCAUACCUGUCCCCACUGAAGGUGGAGCAGCUCCAAGAGAGUAUUCUGAGCCAACUCCUGGUGAUGAUGUCCACUCUCCAGGCAAAGGGCCAUGUGAAGUUGGAGUGUCUCAGCAGGUGUGCUGAGCAGCACAGAAAUUACAUCAAGUGCAAAGAAGAAAUCAUGCAGAGCGUGAAGAGUACAGCGAACAGGCUCUUACAGCUCAUCACUCAGAAGGUCACCUGUCUCACUGACUGCACUGACCAGGAGGCAAAUCUUAGAGCACUUGCAGAGGAGAUGGAGGCCCUCCUGAGACGUCUGGAAGAGCUGCAGGAGUGGUGUUCAGAGCAGAGCUGUCGCGGAAGCAGGGAGACCACCAUGACUUGUAUCUGGAGAUGGGUAUUAAGUCUACGUCACUGCACACAGGAGCUGACAACUCGUAGCAAACAGAGAAUCAGAGAAUGGAGUGAUAUCUCAGACAGCGUGGAGAAGGCCUCUGUGUUACUGCAGGGAGUGGAGGCAGAGCUUCCUGACGGCUCCAAGGUGAAGGCAUCUACCGAGGAGAUUCAGGACGUGCUGCAGUCCUGGGAACAGCACCAGGACAGACUGGACUGUGAACACAGAGCGCUGUCUGCACUGGAACUGCGCACUGCCAGGCUGCUGGGUGUCCCUGCCCACCUCGAGCAGGCUCCUCCUAUUCCACUCUGUCAGCAGCUGCAAGCAAUGCAGGGCCGAUAUGACAAUGUGAAGCAGAGAAGCAGGGAGGGUUUGCAGGCAGCUAGACAGGAGCUGGAGGACAGAGAAAAGGUGCGAGAGGAGCUGCAGGGUAUCCGGGUUUGGCUGAAGGCUGCUGCAUCUCUUCUGACAGAGAUGGAGCAGAGCAGCAGCACACAGGAGCUACAGGAGCUCUACAGCCAGCUGUGCACCCAGAAGUCUUUGCUGCACCAUAUCAUGGAGAACCUGAAGAUGAAAUACUCAGAUAUGUACACUCUGGUCCCGGUUGAGAUUGACAGCCAAAUGCAGGACAUCACUAAGUCUCUGCAGCAAGUAGAAAAAAAGGUGAAAAAGGCGAUAGAGAGGAGCGGUCCUGUUCACAGGUUGGGUGCAAGGAUGUCUGAUAUCGAGGCUGGCCUGAGAUCUGUUCAGAAGAGACUGGAACAGAGGAGCCCCACUGUGACUCAAGCAAAGAUCACUCAGAAGCGUGCCUGGGACGAGCUGGAUGUGUGGCACUCGCGUCUGGCAGCGCUGGAAGUGGACAUGCAAGACUUAGAGAAGCCUGAGGAGGUGCUGAUCCUCACAGAAAGACUAGUGGAGGUUCAGCAGCUUCACUCCCAGCUGACCAAACAGGCAGAGCAGAGGACCACCCUGAUCAGCAAGAUUCAAACGUGGCUUCAGCAACAUCAAGAGAUGGUCAAAAGCUCCAAGAGCUGGAUGUCCGAGGCUCAGUCGUGGCUUGCCGCUCCCUGCACCUAUACCACAGCUAAAUGUUUGAGCAGUCACGUUCACGCCCUGCAGUUGGUUCUGGAUGAUUCAGUCCAGAUCAGAAACACACUGCAGGGCUUCAGCUCGGUCCUGAAGGAAAUGUCGCAGGUUUGUGAUGUCACAGCUCUCCAGGAACAGCUGGUCGAAGCAGAUCGCCAAGUGGCCGACGUUCAGGACAGCUUCACAGCUCCUCUGUCUCAGCUGGAGCAUGCUGCCGCUGAGGUGGAGGCAAUUGAGAGUGAAGUCAAGCGGAUGGAGAAUGAUGUCGCAGAGAUCAAGAACUUGCUAUCUUCUCCAGAGAGCUUCCCCAGCCCCAGAGAGGACAGUUUAAAGGCUGUUGAGCAGAGGAUCCAGUCGAUGAGGAGAACAGUAGCUGAGAUCCAGAAAUGUAAGCCAGGCCUUUGUCUUCCUGAGAAGGCUGAAGAAACUCUCACUGUCUUUACUGUGGUGGACCAGCUCCAGACUCUGCUGCUGGAACUGGAGAAGAAGGUUCCUGCAUUAUUUAUCCAGCAGCCUCCAACUCCCACACAAGCCAAAGCUCAGUCGGCCCAACAGACGACCACUGAACUCAAAACAUCUGCAUCUGAAAAAGCUACAUCUGAGGAGACUGAGAAAGAGCAGGGUCAGAUCAGAAUUGCUCAUGUUGAGGAGGAUGUGCUGCGGAGGUCUGGAGCUACACUGCUCACUGUGGAGCAGUCCUCACCUGAACAAAGGCAGGCCCCAAAACCUGAUAUCACCCAGCGGAAGCAUCAAGGCGUGCUCCGGGCUGAAGAAGCCACAGAAAAAAAAAGCAGUGAGGAACAGAGAGUGGAAGAAGGUGGAGGAGGUUUUUAUUGGUGGCUCUGGGAUGUUUUCCUGGGCUCUUCACCAGAGGAACCUGUGGUUGUUGCCUCAGAAGAGACUGAAGCUGCCACUGGACAAAGUACUGAACAGCCUACAGAAGAAACAAAGGAUGUUGAGGGCACCACUGACACCACAGAAACAAGUUCAUCUGAAGCUUUAUCAAAACCCCUGGCCCCCGUCACAACUCAGUCACUGCCUGAGAGCAUGGUAAACACAUCGCCGACCUUAAAAGUCUCCAAAUCCAGCUCUGGGUCACAGCAGAAAUGUGAAUCAGACCAGCAGGUUGGGUCCCAGUCUGGACCUCGCCUCGGUGAAGGUGUCCUCCAUGUGUGCCUGGAGAGGCUCAGCCAGCUGGAGCUGUGGCUGCAGAAAUCCCAGAGGAGUCUUCAAGCUGCCGGUGUUGCCGGUGUAGCAACCAUGCAAGACAGCGUGGAACAACAACUGCUUACCUGUCAGGAGAUGUUUCUGGAGAUUGAGCAGAAGGUAGCCAGCUUGUCAGUUCUCAGUCAAACCGCUGACCAGCAGCACCAGCAGAGUGAACUGGGAGCUGCGGGAUCCCAGCAGGAGGCAGCUGAGCUUCUUGCCACCAGGCUGGAACUCCUGAAGAACAACCUAGUGUCCUUUCAGCAGCUGCUACAGAACAGAAAAGAAGAGGAGAGGAUGAGCAGCAACAAAGGGCCCCAGGAGCAGCAUUCAGUUUCUCAGGCAGAUUUCCAGCCUGAGUCUAAAGUGAGGCGCAGCAACAGUGUUCAAGAGAUCUUCUCAUCACCUAAAAACAAACUUCUCAGACAGAGCAGCCUGCAGCAGCAGAAGGAGCUGGAGCACGAGCUCAGUGAACAAAGAGGACUAACUCAGGCCAUCGCCAGGCAUGGCAGCAGAGCGCUGCUUUACAGCCAGGAGUCCGAGGACCACAGCCAGCUCUCACUAAGGUCGCCUCCUGCUGCGGCUGAUGAGGAGGAGGACUCGGCUCAGGAGAAGUGGGAUCACCUUCACAGUCAGCUGCUGGCUUUGGAGGAGAGCUGGCUGCUUCCUCCCUCCGAGGUGACAGACUCAUCUGUGAAGCAUAGCAAUGGAACAGCAGGAUGCAUGAUUGCCAGAGAAAACCUGAAAGAGCUCCAGACCUGCAUCAGCCAUCUGAGAGAGCUGGGACACACAUCUGCAGAGCUUCUGAAUCAGGCCUGCCCUGCUGCGGGAACCCAUCAGACCGUUGAUGAAGGUUUGUUUCAUGUAUUGCAUGGAGCAUCCCUGUGCCUGGACUCAAUGAAAAGCAUGCUGUGCUCACCUGUUCUGGUGACAGAUGAAGAAGAACCCCAGCUGAGGCUGCUUCACCUGCAGAGUCUCUCAGCAGAGCUUGCCACCCUUGGCAGUGAGCUUGUUUCUCAGGGGUCAAAGGUCAGCAAUGUCCUGGGCUCAAAGUGUGGUCAGCAGUGCAUUGAUGAUCUGUGCAGACUACUUCCUGUGCUUGAGAUCGCGCUGGCCAGCAGAGAGAAGCAGCUCAGGAUCCUGCAGGAGGACAGUGCAGAGAAACAGGCUGCUGCUCAGAUCCACGAGUCUCUGCAGCAGCAGGUCGAGGCUGACCAACACAAUCUGCCUGCCUCUCUCAUCCACCAGGCCACACAGCUGCAGGGUGAGUUGGAUACAGUAGUGGGUGGUGUCCGUUCCCACUGUGAGGAGUUGAAGAGCAGCAUGGAACUGCAGAAGCAAUAUGAGCAGCUGGUCCGCAGCUUUGAGGAGCUGCUCAGUCUGGGCUCUGACAGUUUCACUCAGCAGCCUGACACAGAGCUCCGGAGCAGGGCCCAGCUCCAGAAGAAGCUAAGCAGUCAUAUGAGGUUUUUCCAGUCCCUGGGUGAUCACUUUGAAAUCCUGCGGUACCUGACCAAUAGAGUUUCAGAUAUGCCCCUAGAAAAAUGGGAGGGUACAAUAAAGGGUCUGCAAGACCAGGUGGCUCGACUGCAGCAGGAUGGACUGGAGAAGGGGACCAAGUUGCAGGAAACAUUAGAGGAGCUGCAUCGCAUUUUGGAGGAGAAUGAAGCGCGGGUCAGUCUGAUGCUGGGGGGAGGCCGGCGACUGCAGAGAGCGGGUUGUAGUGGAGUGGGUGUGUCUGUCUGUAAACUGGAGGCUCGCUGGAGAUCUUUGCACAAGAGGCUGGAGCAUGAACGCACCAGCUUUGACAAAGAAAGGAAACUGAAAAGCAGGUUUCGUCACAACUCUGCCGCGCUGUCUCAGUGGAUGAAUGAGGCUAGACAGCGGAUUGAUAGAUGGAGUGAGCUCACUGUCUCAUCCAGUGAGGAGAUGGAUGUUGAACAGAGGCGUGAGCUCUAUCUCCAGUCUGUGGCUUUGACCAAAGAGUUGGAGGCCAAAUCUGAAGUAAAGGUGGCAGUGACCGGUUCUUCGUCCCAGCUGCUGCAGCUGAGGGAAGCACACUCAGAUAGAGAUCCUGAGGAUAAAGGGACUCCUCUGCCCAAGACUUCUGACAUAGACAUGUGCUCCAUCAACGCUCAGCUCAGACAGAUAGAGUUGGACUGGUCCAGUCUUCUCAUUGAUGUGCCUGUUAUCCAACAAACUCUGCACAAGCGAUGGUUAGAGAUGCAGACACAGCAGGGGGCGCUGCUGGAGUUGCAGGCCUGGCUCAGAGCAGCAGAGUAUCAGUUGGAGGAGUACUGCAACAAAAUCAACAAAAACUCCUGCACCAACAAUGAUCUCGCCCAGCUCCUGAAAUUCUGCAAGGAGUCUCAGACAGAGAUGUGUGUACAUCAGAUUACAGUGGACUACGUGAACCAGCCAUUAGGGUCAAAUAGUACUGAGAAGGACCACAGGUUGCGCUACGAACAAAAUCAGUAUGCAGAGGAGCAGGGUCGCCUCAACCAUCAGUGGCUCAGUUUGCAGGAAAAAAUCAACUCUAAGAUUCAGGAGGUUGAACAGGAGUUGAGGAACAGAGUAGAGUGGGAUGCCCGACUGCAGCGGAUCAACAGCUGGAUCGCAGAUCAAAACCUCUGGAUGGACUCGGCUCAGGCACCCAGCAGCCAGACGGAGCUACAGAGGAGCAUCAGCGUCUGCCAGGAUCUUGAGGAGAAGAUUAUGCAGAAGUCUGCAGCUCUUCAGGAGCUGAUAGACAAAGUUUGUGGCAGACAAGAAAACAGGAACUGCAGUUUUAUCUGUCAAAUAAAUAAAUCCAUCGAGACCUGCACAGCUCUCACACAGAGGAACGACUCAGUAAAACAGAGGCUAACUCAGGCUCAGCUGUUAUGGAGCAACAUGGAGGAGAAGCUGAGUCACAUGGUGCUGAAAACAGUGAGAGCAUCUCAGACUCUGGAGUAUUACAGCGGCCCCCGGCUCUCCCUGCAGGCACACACAGAUCUCCAUGAAAAGCUGCAGCUCCUUCAACAGGAGACAGAAGCCUCAGAGGUAGAGUGGGACAAACUUGGUCAGACCAUCCUCUCUCUCAGAGAUACCAUCAGUCCUGCUGCCGCUGCCAUCAUCAGUAAAUGUCUGGACAGGCAGAGAGACAGUUGGACUACAGUGACUGGAGCUCUGGGCCAGCAGCUCCAGAGAUGUCAGAAGGUCCUGACUGUGUGGCAGGUUUAUGAUAAACGUGCUGGGUCUCUGACAGAGCAACUGCAGGCACUACAGAGUGAUGCUACAUCUGUGCAGAGCAGCACAUCUGGACAGCACAACACAGUUGAGCUAUUUACUGUCAAGAUAGAAAAUGUUCAGAGUCUCUUGCAGAGGACAGACACCUUGCAGUCUGACCUGGAGGGGGUGCUGGAAGCCUCCAAGGACUUGCUUAGCCACCUGGAACCUUCAGCCGCCAGUCUGGCCCAAUCAGAGUGCCGCUUGUUGCCACGUGGUAUCCUGCAGCUCAGACAGCAGCUGUCUAGGAAGCUGGGUCACCUGCAGGAGGAGCUUAAGCAGGUGCAGGAGUUUGAAAAUGUGCUGGAGUCACUGGAGAGGAAUCUGGAGGUCUGGCAGCAGCGCCUGGAGGAUCCAGCUCUGAAGGCAGACCAGUCUGGCCUCAUGGAGCUGAGCGGCCUGUCUGCUGACCUCGAUGUGCUCAACGAGCUGAACUGCAGUCUGAUGCUGGAGGACGCUGCGGCACACCGCCUGCAAUUCCUCAACCGCCGCUGGGCCGAUGCCUCCGCCAGAGCUGAGGAGGCCUGCAGUGAGCUGCAGACAGAGGUGCUGAGGCAGCAGAGAUUUGAGCAGAAGUGUGAAAGCUGGAUGUCGUUCCUGCAGAGGAUGGAGGACAGCCUGGCUGUAGACGUAGCGGGAUCGUACGACGGCCUCAGACAGCAGCUCUGUACUCACAAGCGCUUUCAGGCUGAGCUCUCCAUUGGUCACCAGAUCCUUCACUCAGUCAUCACUGAUGCUCUUCAUCUGCUGCAGAAAGGAGAGGUGGAGGGCAGGAGCGACUUCAUCCUAAAGCUGGCCCAGCUCAGAGAGCAGUGGCAGGGAGCAGUACAGCGGGCUGACCAGCGGCGCUCUUUGGUGGAGGGGUUGGUGAAGCACUGGCACCUGUACAGCCGCAGCCUGAGAAAGCUCCAGAGGUUCCUUGCGGACACGCACACCCUGCUCCCCUCAGCUGGACUAACCUGCUGUAGCCUGCAGCAGCUCCGACGCUCCCUCCACGACCUGCAGCACACGGAGCUGUUGUUCCAGAGGUAUCAGAGCAGUUUCAUCAACACUCUGGAGGUGGGCCGUCAGCUGUUCUCCAUGGGGGAUGAGGAGACCCAGACUCAGCUUCAGACAGAUCUGGGGACACUGCAGGAAGAGUGGGACAGUCUCCACAGUUUGCUGUCCAAAAGACUGGAGCUCACCGAGGCUAUAAUCAAGAACUGGGAGCGCUGCGAGGCUGGGCUAACAGAUAGCAUGCUGCAGCUUAAAGACAUGAAGACCAGGCUGAACCAGACCAUGCCAGAGUGUGAUGACGACCUGGAGAGUUCAAAGCUCUACAAGAACAAGAUCUCCCUGGAGGACUGGGCUGAGAGCCUGACGGAGCUGAGCAGCAUGAAGACGGAUCUGUCCCAGUACAUCAUUGCCGACGAUGUCCUGCUGCUGCAGGAGCAGGUGGAGCACCUGCACUGCCAGUGGGAGGAACUCUGCUUCAAGGUGUCCCUGCGUAAACAGGAGAUCGCAGACCGCCUGAACGCCUGGAUCAUCUUCAACGAGAAGAACAAGGAGCUGUGUGAGUGGCUGACUCAAAUGGAGAACAAGGUGGCGCACAACUCUGAUCUCAACAUCGAGGAAAUGGUCGAGAAACUCAAGAAGGACUGUAUGGAGGAGAUCAACCUGUUCAGUGAGAAUAAAACCCACCUAAAGCAGCUUGGAGAGCAGCUCAUCACAGCAAGCAACAAGACAAAGGAAACGGAGAUCAACGACAAGCUGAAGGACGUCAACGAUCGCUGGCAACAUCUGUUUGAUCACAUAGAGGCGAGGGUGAGGAAGCUGAAAGAGACGCUGGUGACGGUGCAGCAGCUUGAUAAGAACAUGAGCAACCUGCGGACGUGGCUGUCCCGUAUUGAGGCAGAGCUAGCCAAGCCGGUGGUCUACAGCACCUGCCACAGUGAUGAGAUUCAGAGGAAACUAGCUGAACAGCAGGAUCUGCAGCGGGACAUCGAGCAGCACACAGAGAGCGUGGCCUCAGUGCUGACGCUGUGCGACGUCCUGCUCCACGAUGCUGAUGCCUGCGGCAGUGACUCGGAAAACGACUCUAUCCAGCAGACCACCCUCAGCCUGGACCGCCGCUGGAGAAACAUCUGUGCCAUGUCCAUGGAGAGGAGGAUGAGAAUUGAGGAAACCUGGCGUCUCUGGUGUAAGUUCCUCGAUGACUAUUCUCGCUUUGAACACUGGCUGAAGACGGCAGAACUGACAGCAGCCAGCCCCGACUCCGCCAACGUCCUCUACACCAGCGCCAAGGAGGAACUCAAGAAGUUUGAGGCGUUCCAGCGGCAGGUUCAUGAGCGCCUGACUCAGCUGGAGCUGGUCAACAAACAGUACCGCCGUCUGGCCCGAGAGAACCGCACCGACGCUGCCAGCAAACUUAAGGUCAUGGUCCACGAGGGGAACCAGCGGUGGGACAGCCUGCAGAGGAGGGUCGCUGCCGUGCUCCGCAGACUGAAGUAUUUUACGUCUCAAAGAGAAGACUUUGAGGGAACUCGUGAGGGGAUCCUCGUUUGGCUGACUGAAAUGGACCUUCAGCUCACCAAUGUAGAGCACUUCUCAGAGAGCGAUAUCGAAGAGAAAAUGAGAGAGCUAAACGGUUUUCAGCAGGAGAUUACCCUGAACACCAACAAAAUUGAUGCCCUGAUCGUAUUUGGGGAGAACCUGAUCCAGAAGAGUGCUCCUCUGGACGCUGUGCUUAUUGAGGAUGAGCUGGAGGAGCUCCACUCCUACUGCCAGGAGGUGUUUGGCAGAGUGGCUCGCUUCCAUCACCGCCUAGUCAAUAGACGUCCGGUUCUGGAGGAGGAGGAGAGGGAGAUGUCAGACCGAGACACAGACCAAGACGAUUCACCCGAUUUGACCCCAUCCUGGAUGGCGGAGAGGAGAAGGAAGGAGGUGGAUAUAGCAGUGGGAGGAGUUUCAGGUGGACCACAGGUGAUGUGCCACCUCCUGGUACCCCCUAUAGAGCGAUCAGGAAGAGAGACCCCCCUCAGUGUGGAUUCCAUCCCCCUAGAGUGGGAUCACACAGUCGACGUGGGGGGGUCAUCAUCCCAUGAGGACGACGAGGAUGCCACCUUCUUCAGCGCUCUGUCAGACAUGAAGGUCACAGAAAAUUCAGAGUCGUUUUUUAAAGUGACUGCCAGUGCAGUGAAAGCAGCCUCGGGUAGGCGCUCUGCCUCCUGCAUCUGGCAUCUGCCUGGCUCCCCGGAGAGGAAACAGCGUCCUCGAGAUAUCAUCCAAGCCCUGAGCUCAUUCCCUUCACAUACAACCGGCACUCCCUUCCCCCAGCAGGGCUAUGCAAAGCUAAUGUCAGAGUGCAGUGGCAGCAUCGACAGCGUGAAGAGGGUCAAACUCAUGCUGAACGAUGAGGAGGAGCUGGAGGAUGCAGGCCUGACCAGCAGCACGGCCAGCAAGCAUACCAGCACGGGUGUUAUCGAGCGCUGGGAGCUGCUACAAGCACAAAAAAACGCAGCGGACAUCAAGCAGGACCUGGAACAAUGGCAGAAGCUCAACUCUGACCUCUCUGAUGUCACUUCCUGGCUUGGCAGGGUGCUGCCAGAGCUGGAGAGGCUGCAGAGAAUCGCACCGUCCACCAGCAUCCGAGACAUCGAGGUCAACAUCAGGAAACUCAAGGAGAUGCAGAAGAUUUUCAACAGCUACAAGUGUCUGAUGAUCUCCAUCAACCUGAGCAGCCGUCACUUCCUGCGUGGCGACAGCACCGAGCUGCACGAGCAGCAGGAGGCCCUGGACUCAGCCAAUCACAGCUGGACUCAGGCCUGCAGCGGCCUGGAGAGCUGGGAGAGGAGCCUGCACUCUGCUGUCAUGCAGUGUCAGGAGUUUCACGAGACGCUACACUCGCUACUGCUGUGGCUCGCUCAGGCUGAGGACAAACUCCGCACAGUGAACGUCAACGAACGCUCGCACUCUGCACUCCUGCAGCACAGAGACACGCUCACAGUUCUGCAGGAGGAGCUGCGUGGCCGGCAACGGCGGGUUUCAUCACUGCAGGCAAUCUCCUCCCAACUUCUCCUGGAGGCCACUGGAGAGGACAGUGUAGAGGCCAAAGAGAAGGUCCACGUCAUCAGCAACAAGCUGCAUCUCCUGCUACGGCAGGUGGCUGCAGACCUGCGUACGCUGCAGGGAACACUGGAAACCUGCUCCACCAGUUCUGAAGUAGAAAGCAUCGGUCUGGGAAAGCUCAGCUCACCGCUUCUGCAACAGGAGGAGGCUGGUCUGCAGGCAGCUACAGUCAGACAAUCAGCAACCAAAAGGGAGGAGAGAGAGGACUCUUCCCCACAGCGACCCCUCUUCUACCGGGUUCUGCGAGCUGCCUUCCCCCUACACCUGCUCUUCUUCAUGCUCCUGGUUCUGGCCUGCCUGGUGCCUCUCUCUGAAGAGAACUACAGCUGUACACUGUCCAACAACUUUGCCCGAUCUUUCUACCCCAUGCUGCACUACACCAAUGGCCCCCCACCCACAUGAUCACUGCCACACUUUGUGUCCACGUUCUCCUUAUAAACGGAUAGUAGUGGGGGAAAAACAAAACAGCCAUAUAUUGGAGGUAAAAAUCCCAAAUAGAAACCGUUAACAAUGUGACGGGUCAUGUACCUGCUCCCUCCCAUACAAAAAUGAAGCACAGCUCUUCAUGUCUGAAGGAAUCAUGUGUUCUUCACUCUAAACUUUAUUGCUGUACUAAAUUAUUUAUUUAUUUAUCUAUGCUCCUUAACAAGAAGCCAUAUCACUGCUGUGUUUAAGUUGUGAUUUUUAUAUGUAGAUUUGCCAGCUGAUUUCCCCGCUGAAACAAUUUCACACUUUUCAGAUUCAGAUGGUGCAAAAGGAAAAAAGGCUACACGAUUUAUUUUGAUAUCUUCUAUUUUGUAUAUUGCGGUAUGAGGGAUUAGAGGGCGGUUAUUACCAAAGCAACUGAAGAAAUGUGAGGAGUACACCAGCCAUUUUCUACCACUGCAGCUAUUUGUACCGAUUUUGUUUGUUUAGGGGGUUUCUUUAGGUUCGGGGGGCACUUGUUAAAAGCACAUUUUGUACAGAAAGGGAAAGACGCGUGUUCUUUUUCUUAUUUGGGUUUUGAAAUAUUUAAAAUAUGAAAAAUUAUAAGAGUUUUUUUUCUUGUAAAUAAUGGCAGUGACUCCUCAGCAGACAUGCCUUUGUGUAUCCAACAGAACAACCAUUCUUUUAACUCAUAAUGUUCUUUUAAUGUUAUAAAUGAAUUUGUAUUUAAUGGCAAACUACUAAGAAAAAAGGGUAAAUUAUUGCUUUCAACUGUGCUAUUUAGCUGGGUUGUAAUUUAAAAACUCUUAAGUUGAUAUAUUGAAAAUUUGAUAAACUUUUAAGAGUCAGUGUGAUGAAUAUUUUCCUAUGAUAUACGUGUGAUAUUUUAGCCGAUCACUCAACCUAAGAGUCACCUUGAUGCAGCUGUGGUUGCUGUUUCCUGACAAAGUUGCACAUUAACUGGCUAGCAGCUAACUUUGUUCACCUGCUAUUUGGCACUUUUUGCCUAAAAGAACGAGCUGUAGGUUCACAGGUAGUUGGUGGGCUAGCCAGCAAUGCAUAUAUACUGAAUUCAUCCUCUCAGGUGUCCCGUAGCUCAGACAGAUAAUUAAAAUUGUUAUAAUAAACAAUAUAAAUGAAUAUGAAAAUCUAACAGCUGUAGGAACAAAUUCUCUUCCAAAGGUAACUGCCAUUUUUACUUCUAAAAUAUUUGGGAGAGGGUAAAUAUUAUUGUCAAAUUUGCUCAUGACAGUGUUCUCACAAAGUCGAUGUGCAGCUUUACAACAACAACAACCCCCAAAAGGCUAAAAACACAAUUCAUCUACAGAGCUGGUAGUUGACUGUGGUUUUGGCCCUAUAUGUGACUUUUUGUUUUAUGUAACCUCACCCAUGUAUUAUGAAAGGGAAUUUUAUAUUCAUUUUCAGCUGUAUUUAUCAUAAAUUCUACAGCUUUUUUUUUUUUUUUUUUUUUUUUGAGGUUUUAAACUUGAGCAGGGCUAUCCAACUCGACCAAUGACACGAAAGUCUGCAAGGAUCACCCGUUAUUACGUACAAAUGAGAUUUACCUGAAUUGUUUUUUGUUCCAGUGCAGAUGAAUAGCGGGUCUCAAGAGCCACACGGCUCAAUUUGUGUUGAGCUUGAAUGUAAGAAAUCGUUUGAGAGGUGAAUGUAGCUGUGUCCAUGCACAAUCAUUAAGAUCAUUAAAUGUGUGUAAUUUACUGUUAAAGUUACUGAUAAAUGUUAUAAAGAAGAUUCUAUGAACAAUUCAAAACUGUACAUAAUUUCAGCCUCGGCACAAAAGUCUCACAGAACAGAAACAACAAAAGGUGUGUAAAGUUUGAUUUAUUUUGUGAUCUCUUAUUUAUGGGAUGUACUAUUUGUAAUUUUGAACUGACAAUAAACCAUGUUUGCCACGAUGUGCUGCUGCUGGUUGUGAGUUGACAGAAAAGACAGGCGAAAAAAUCCGCAAGAUCUGACAUGAAUGUGUGCGGCGUGCACAGACUGCCAACAGAAACAGCUUCAGCAUCAGAUUUGGGUGUGUGUUCAUGCGUGCACAAUCCACAAACAUCAGGAAAUAAAGCAGAGUGAACAUAUAUUGGUCUAUUAAUAGUGGUUAAAUAAUCUGGCACUAAGGUUAAAUUUACACUGGCACACAAGUGGCACAUUUUAUGACUUGGGAACAUCCAAAAAGUAUGUUAAUGGUGCAUUUAUUCCUUUUAGUUUUUUUGUGUGACGGAAAAUAAGCCGUUUGCAGUUUUGAUGUUCCAAGUAACAGGCUGUUCUCUCAACUCUUAUGUGGUUAAUGAGAUCAUAAAGCAAAGAAGCCACACA